AUGGUCCUGAGGAGGUAUCUGCUGAGUUUCUCCCAACGCUCUUCAGAGCAGAUUGGCCAAUGGCAGCCCUGGCCGAAACGGAGGUGGCUCGCCGUCAGAGACAUGUCCCUGCCAUUCGUCAGCGUAUUUCCCGGAUACUGCUCCGUCUCCGAUGGGUGGGGCCAUCCGGCGGCCCACUUUACGGCGCCGUACAUCUUGCUCCUGGCCUGGCUUGCCUGGGUCGCCUGGGGUCUUCCUGAGUCCGUAUCGGUACAACAAACAUCGGGGGCCAAACCUGACUACCUGUCCGUCUACAAACAGGGAUGA